AUGGCUUCCGGCGCAGACAGGUCGCGUCAUGCCGACGACAACCACCCCAACUACUGCAUGAUCCAGUACUUUGAGUGGUACGCUCCUGGUGAAGGGACACACUGGAACCGCUACAAGAGCGAGGUGGACAACCUCGCCAGCAUGGGCAUUACUGCUGCAUGGCUUCCGCCUCCUACCAAGGGCUCUUCCCCCAACGGCACUGGCUACGACGUCUACGACCUCUGGGAUCUCGGCGAGUUUGACCAGAAGGGAGCCAAGGGCACCCACUGGGGCAACAAGGAGCAGCUCCUUGCGGCUAUCGCUGCGGCCAAGGAGAAGGGAAUCAUCACGUACAUUGACGCGGUCCUGAACCACAAGGCUGGUGCGGACGAAAAGGAGAAGUUCCUUGCUACCAUGGUGGACCGUAACAAGCGCGACCAGCUUGUUGGCGACCAACACGACAUUGAAGCCUGGACCAAGUUCACUUUCCCGGGCCGUGGUGACAAGUACUCGGGUAUGAAGUGGAACUUCAACCACUUCACCGGUGUUGACUACGACGCUGCGACGGAGACGAAUGCCAUCUACAAGAUCCAGGGAGACGGCAAGGCCUGGGCGCGGGAUGUUGACAAGGAAAACGGAAACUACGACUACCUCAUGUUUGCUGACAUUGACCACAAACACCCCGACGUGAUCAAGGACCUCAAUGACUGGGGCGAGUGGGUCCUCAACGAGACGGGGGCCUACGGCUUCCGCUUUGACGCCGUCAAGCACAUCUCGCGCGACUUUAUCAGCCAGUUCGUCAAGGAGGUCCGCGCCGAGCAGAAGGGCCGUCCCGCCGCCUUCUGCGUGGGCGAGUUCUGGAAGGACUCGGUCCCCGCUCUCUGCGAGUACCUCGACGGCCUGGGCACCCAGUUCUCGGUCUUUGACACCCCGCUCCAAGGCAACUUCAAGGAGGCCGGUGACGGAAAGGAGGCGUAUGACCUUCGCAAGGUGUUUGACAACACCCUCGUCCAGGCUCGUCCCAUUGACGCGGUCACUCUUGUCGACAACCACGACACCCAGGUUGGCCAGGCACUCCAAAACUGGGUCCCUGCCUGGUUCAAGCCUCUCGCCUAUGCGCUCAUUCUCAUGCGCCCCGACGGCUACCCUUGUGUCUUCUACGGCGACCUGUACGGCUGCGGCGGCGAGAACCCCCAGCCAGGCGUCGCCCAGCUCGAGGACAUUAUCCGUUCCCGCAAGCUCUUUGCGUACGGCGAGCACGUCGACUACUGGGACCACGCCAACUGCGUCGCCUGGCUCCGCAAGGGUGACGCGAACCACGACGGCUCUGUCACUGUCAUCUGCAACGGCACUGGUGAGGGCCAGAAGCGCGUCGACGUGGGCAAGGAGCAUGCCGGCGAGAAGUGGACCGACGUCCUCGGCUGGCACCAAGGCGAAGUCACUAUCGGCGACGACGGCUGGGCCGACUUCUUCUCGCCCCCGCAGAGCAUCAGUAUCUGGACCAAGACGGACGCCCGUGGGCGCGACGAGUUUAAGAAGAAGGAGUAG